CAAUCGUCAACCCUCCUCGUGACGAUCUACAUAAAUACACCUUAACAAACAACCCGACUGGCCCUCAGGUUCUUCUACGUCAGAGACAGUGUCUAAGGCGCGAUCGUCUCCUGUGUCGUCCAAACUCUAACCCAACCACUCAACUUUGGCAAUUCAUAUCACAAAUAACACAAUCGACAACCACAAUGACAGCCCACAUGCAAUCAUCAGGCCGCGGCGGCGCUGGCAACAUCGUCGACAGCUCCAAGUCCCCCCGCAUUCAGCCCGAAGACCUACAAACACCCACUCUCAAGACAGCCAUGGUGACAACCGGCCGCGGUGGCAACGGCAACAUGGCAAAGAACUCGGACCCCGUUGAGACGAGGAGGAGGCAAGACGUUGAGCCUGUCGUCCGCCGCGACUCCUUCGGCGCCACCCACAUUGGCCGCGGCGGCACCGGCAACGUCUUCACGGCCGAAGACGCGCAAGCUGCUCGCGAAGCCCAAAAGGCUGGCCACUCGGGAGCCACUGCCAUUGACAAGGAAGACGAGAACCACCUGCAUCUGCACAACCUGCUACACUCGUCAAGGACACAUAAUGGCGGAAAUCACAAAGAGAAUAAGGAGAAUAAGGAGAAGGAAAAGGAGAAGGAGGCUGAGCGCGAGAGACAAGCUGGCCAUGGCCACAAGAAGAAUGAAAAGAGCGAGUCGGAACUGGGGUGGGCGGAGAAGGGGAGGAAUUUCUUGUUUGGAAAGAAAGACAAGACAGACAAGAAGGAGGAGAAGAGGGAGGGGAGUGCAGAGAGGAAGAGUGGGAAUAGUUCGUCGUAAGGCGGGUUGGGUUGUGGUGCGGUUGUGAUGCGAUUGAGUUGAGAGGGGGCCAUACUGAGGGGUUCACGGUGGUGAUCAUGGAGUCAGGGCUGGACGGCAAGCUGAGUUGAUGAGGGGCUGCUGUUACGAUGCUCCGCGACCCUCUUCUCGGCCUCCUCUCCGAAUUGUCAACAUCUACCGAUGUCGGCAUGUCACGGAAAGUGGGAUUUUUCUUUGUUUCAUCACUGUUCAUACCCAGGGGUUUUGGCGUUAAGGGAUAUUCACCUCUCUACACGGGGUUGCGAUGGAUUGGGUAUAGGCCAUUAUGACAGGUUGGGGCUCUCCUUUUUCAACAUUAGCAUUUUGGAUGGGGGUGUUUUUUGACGGAUGUACGGAUGUGUUGAACACAGCACGGCAUAGGACAGAAAGAAGCUUUGAUAUUAAAACAGGCAAGGAAAGAAAGAGAAGGGUUUCCAAAAG